CGCUGGACGCGAAGCGGCAAAAAUCAAAUACUUAUAAACAAAGCAGAAAACAUUUCAAAAUAUUUUCAAAUCAACAACAAACAGACACAUUUGACGCGUUGCGUAUACGCCACAUUUGCCUAGGCAACAACUCGCGCGUGAUUUUCCGUGAACCGGCAAAUAGCAAAUUCAAGUCCAACCAAGUGCCGGAGCGUGCUCGAGUGCGGAUCCGCAACGACGUUACGUUACGGUCUACGGUUGCGUUUGCGGUUCCGUUUUUGUUGACAUUUUGGUAACGCGUCGGUUGGCACGAAAACAAAAAAAAAAAAUAAAAGAACAGGAACUUUUGGCUUUCGCUUUUGUUAAACUGUCUGGGCCAGGCUUUAGACUUGAAGUGCAAGUUAAACAGGCAACAACUUAACCCUGGGCCUCAAAUUAAAUCCAUUGUCAGCAGAAUUCAUGCAAUUAGCAAUGAGCCACAUAUUACAGGAAACUUUCUGAAUGCGAAAAACAUUAAAGAUAGAGAUAAACUUGAGACGUGACUGCGCCCAGACGACGGAUAUGGCUGCUUAAGUGGCGCACUUCCGGUGAAUCCGGACAGGAAUAAGCAACAACAACAGCAACAACCAACUCAAGCACAGCCGCAGUUAUAGCCUUGGCCGCAUCCACAGCCACCUCCGCCAGCUUAAUCUCAAUCUCCAACUGAAAAGCGACUCAUUAGGUAUCCAAACAAAGUCCUUAAGCAUGGCCAAUGUAAGCAACGAGACGGUUAAUGCUUGGCUGGUCUCGGUCAGCACACAGUUGCCGCAUGUACUGGGCAUAAAUGUGGGCGUCAAUUGGAGCAGCACCACCACAACAAUGGCCACACCCGGCAGCAGCAUGGGCACCACCACAACUAGCACGGCGAGCAGCCUGUCCAGCGAUGCGAAUGCGGACGCGGUCGCGGAUGCUGAUAAAUCGGGCAUUAUACACAAUCAGUUCGUGCAGAUCUUCUUCUAUGUACUGUACACGACAGUGUUUGUACUGGGCGUAUUUGGCAAUGUGCUUGUCUGCUAUGUGGUGCUCAGGAAUCGUGCCAUGCAAACGGUGACCAAUAUAUUCAUUACCAAUCUGGCGCUAUCAGACAUUUUGCUUUGUGUGCUUGCCGUGCCCUUUACGCCAUUGUACACAUUUAUGGGUCGCUGGGCAUUUGGGCGUACUCUGUGCCAUCUGGUCUCCUUUGCCCAGGGCUGCAGCAUAUAUAUAUCGACGCUGACGCUGACCUCGAUUGCAAUCGAUCGCUAUUUUGUGAUCAUAUAUCCGUUCCAUCCGCGCAUGAAACUCUCCACAUGCAUUGGCAUCAUCGUGAGCAUUUGGGUGAUCGCACUGCUGGCAACGGUGCCCUACGGCAUGUACAUGAAGAUGACCAACGAGGUGAUGGAUAACACCACCCAGCUGGUUGGCGCGAAUCAUACGAGCAGCAACCGGUAUGGCAACUAUGGCAUUGCCACGCCCGAUGCCACAUCGGCUGCCCAGGCCUACAUGCAGGUCAUGACCGACGGCGUCACUGUCUGCGAGGAGAACUGGCCAUCGGAGCAUUAUCGCAAGGUGUUCGGUGCCAUAACCACGACGCUGCAGUUUGUGUUGCCAUUUUUCAUCAUAUCCAUUUGCUAUGUAUGGAUCUCGGUCAAGUUGAAUCAGCGUGCCAGGGCCAAGCCGGGCUCGAAGUCGUCGCGACGCGAGGAGGCGGAUCGGGAUCGCAAGAAGCGCACGAAUCGCAUGCUUAUCGCCAUGGUGGCUGUCUUUGGUCUCAGCUGGUUGCCCAUCAACUUGGUGAACAUAUUUGAUGAUUUCGAUGACAAGUCGAAUGAGUGGCGGCUCUAUAUGCUGUUCUUCUUUGUGGCCCACUCGAUUGCCAUGAGCUCCACGUGCUACAAUCCCUUUCUGUACGCCUGGCUGAAUGAGAACUUUCGCAAGGAGUUCAAGCAUGUGCUGCCCUGCUUCAAUCCAUCCAACAACAACAUCAUCAACAUCACCAGAGGCUACAAUCGCAGCGAUCGCAACACCUGCGGCCCGCGUCUGCAUCAUGGCAAUGGCGAGGGCGGCCCUGGCGGCAGUCUUGAUGCUGAUGAUCAGGAUGACAAUGGCAUCACACAGGAGACCUGCCUGCCCAAGGAGAAGCUGCUCAUCAUACCGCGCGAGCCCACCUAUGGCAACGGCAACGGUGCCGUAUCCCCAAUACUCAGUGGGCGUGGCAUCAAUGCAGCCCUCCUGCAUGCCAGCCAGCCACAGCAGCAGCAGCAACAAGUCCAGCAGCAGCAGGUGGAGCUGACGAGACGCAUUCGCCGGCGCACAGACGACGAUGCCGACUUUAUAGACUCCGGCGAUGAGCAGACGGUGGAGGUGCGCUUCAGCGAGACGCCGUUUGUCAGCUCCGACAAUACGACGGGCAUCAGCAUGCUGGAGCCGAGCGAGACCCUGUUCCAGGACUCAAAAGAGCUGCCCGAAUUGAGCGCUGUUGUGGUUGGAGAUGCCACUAGGCAAUGUAACUGAGACAGGAUUUUCGAAACACAUUUCUAGGCGCAGUUGCUGGUCUUCGAGAGUGGCAAGGAUAUCGACGACAACUAAGUGUCGGGGAAUGUGACAUAAACUACAAAGCUGGAAGUGCAAAAUUUUAGAGUAUGGGCGUAUGUUGGCGUGUGGGAGUGGCUGUUAGUCGUACUGUGUGGCACGAAAAGUGCUGAUAAAUGCCAAAUAAAGUGACAACGAUGCGAAAAUUGCCGCGCAGGGACGCGAGGGGGAGAGGCUGGAGCACAACAGUGCCCCAAGCAAUUGGCUGAAGCAGCUUCUCAAAUCGCUUGAUAUCAAAUUUGUAAGUGUGCGUAUGUGUGUCUGUGUGUGUGUGUGUGUGGGUAUCUAAGUGGGUGUGACUGAGCCGUAUCUAGGCAGGCCCCAAAGGCGUUGACAACCAAUUCUAUAAAUAUUUUUUAUUUUUACCGCUUUACAUUCGCAGCAUUUGCUGCGCCAUUUCGCAUAUUUGCACAGCCUUGCAGGGAGUCGGGCGAAUCCAUUAAAACGCCGGUAUACUCCAUAUGGGUCGGCAAUAUGCGUCACCUCGAUUUCAAUUUCAAAAUUCUGCGUCUAACUGUCGCAGAAAUGCUUCACUCGGUUGUCGUUGGAAUUAAAUUUGUUGUGCCAAUUUUUGGUUCAAUUGCGCGGAAAAAUGUCAGCACAGAACCACAACAAAAGGUAAAUGGCAGCAAAACAAAAGUAAAAUGCUGAAAACCAAAGAAAAUAAUUUACCCAACUAAAAAGAAAAAUAACAAAACUGGCAAACAAUGUUGAGCCAAAUAAAAUAAGCCCUAAGCUGACAUUGAUGGGAUUUGUGUAGGCCACAGCAAGUCGAGAGAAAUAUUUGUCGAUCGACUGACAGCUGCUGGAAAACAAGUUAAUGGGCUGGAGUCAAAUUUUACCAAAUUGACGGAUGUUUCAAAGUUGUUUGCAUAGACAUUUUAUUGAAAUUUAGUUGGUGGCUCAAACCAGAGCUUAGACUAUUAGCCGGAUAAAAAGUGACAAGUUCUAUGCAUGUGAAAUCUACCUUCUUUUGUGGCUCAAUUUUCGGAAUAAUUUAAUUUCAAAAAUGUUUUAAAUAUACGGUCACACUCACGUUUAGGCGAAAAGCAAUGCAAGUGAAAAUGUUUAGAGAUAAAAUAAUUUGCUAGUCGUUACUUUGAUGGGAGUUUCAAUAUUAUAAAAUACCUGUGUAAGGCUUGACACUGUUUUAUGAAAAACUAAUUUGCGUAGAUAUGUAAGCCGAUUUAGAAAAAAAACAAAAUCUGCUCGACACGCUUUCAAAGUGGUUUGACUGUAGAAUUUAAUUUAGCAUAAAAGCAAAUGGAAAUUUAGAGUAACAAAUGCUGGGCAUGACGUGAAGCAAAAAGAGAAUAACUACAAAUAAAAACCAAAAAGAAACACAAAAAAAGUAGAAAACCAAAAGUAUUCAAAGUCUUGUUGACCCUGAGCCCCUCUUUUGAAAGUUUAUGUCAGGCGAUGUUGCCAGAGGAUGACACACUAUUAUUCUCUCGAAUCGUUUUACUGUAACUCAAGCCAAUGCGCUAUGUCCUGUAAAUUAAGCUUUCAAAAAAAUGUCAGCGAUUUUUGUGUACUUUUGGUUUGUCAUAUAGAAAAAGUUGCACUGCGUAUACGUAAUAUCUGUUAGUUGGUCUACAAAAAAAAAAAAAAAAAAUAAAAUAUAAUAAAAGUAGAGACAGGAAAAAAAAUGCAACAAGAUAAAUGUUGACACAUAAAAUGUUUUUUGUGGUACACCUCAAUAUGAAUAAAUAUAUAUAGUAUAUACAUAUAUACAUACAUAUAUUUGAAUAUCAAUAUAAUACUCAAGAGCACAAGCUGUGUGGUAAGCCAGGUGGAAAAACGAGACGCAAUUUUGAAUUGCAAUCUUAUUUGUCACUUAAGCAGGGCUUUCAACUGAAUUCUGAAACGGCACAAAACACUAAAUUGAAUUUAAAUUCUAAUAAUAAAAAUUAAAAGAAAAAACAUAAAGCCAAAUAAAUAUUAAUUAUAGGCUUAAAGAAAAUGUUAAAGGCACUGAAUGUUUAAUAGAAUCUUAAGUAUAUGUAAUUGAAGAUUUAAUGCGUAAGGUUUGUGUUAAAUGAUAAUCUAUAAACUCAUUAAAGACAAAAGAGAUAACGAAUACUUAACAAAAAAAAAAUCUACUUAGUUAAUGACAAAAUACGAUAUACAAUAUACAAUUUGUCUAGUAAUUAUGUGUAGUAAAAUCUUUGUGAAAGACUCAUAAGUAAAAAGUCGCAGACAAAACUACAAAAUAUUCAAAAUGAAUGUUUAAUUAUUUGAAAAUUUGAUCGUAAGUAAGCCAUAUUUAUAAAAGUCAUGAAUGAACGUGUAGAAAUCUAAGAACGAGGUUAAAAUCCAUAUAUGUUUGUUGUGUGUUAAAUUCUAGCAAAUAAAGCAGAAAUCUUUUAAGAUAAAUAUAUAAAAAAUAAAAUUACAAAUAUAUUAUAUAAAAAUAAUAUAUGAUUUUAAUUGCCAAUACGAACUUAUAUAAUUAAUUGUGCAUUACGAUUCACAAAUUAAAAUGUUUUUAAUGAAUGUCGCAAGCAGCAAACUUUAAGUCAAAUAAAUGUAAAAUCAUAUAUCAAUUGGCAACACAAACAUACAUACAUAUAUAUACAUAUAUAUAAAUGUGUUAUAUUAAUAAUAAAUGUGAAUUGUUAAGUAAAUGGUGAGCAAAAAAGCCGUCGCAGCCAAGUAUUAAACAUUGAUUCAGCUAUCAAUAAAAACCAAUUAAAAUAUAUAUUUUAAUUUCAAUGCAAAUUA